AGUGAAUGUACAGUUACUUCCGAUGUUCAGCUCUUGCAUAAUGCAAGUUGUAUUCACAUCCAUGGAGCCUCCAUGGAGCCUCGGGUUGCAAGUUUCUUCAUGGAUUAACAACUGUUGAGAAGCAAGGGCGCGCCGACAUUCAUGGUCUCCAUGAGCUUGAACUGGAGGGAAGGAAGCUCAGCGAGUAUAAUAAGAACACGAUGCCACCGGAUUCUUCAGUAGCACAACACAUUGCUCUGAAAUCCCCUCCUUUUCUCGCCAUCUCAUUCCAUUCCAUUUCUCUUUCUUUGUUCUAGCUAGCCUGCGUUUCUUUGAUCUAUCAACCCUCUCAAGAUGUCAGGCUGCGGAAACUCUGAUUGCUCGUGCGGCGCUGCCUGCCAGUGCGGCAGUGGCAACAGCUGCUGCGCUAAGAGGUCCAUGAACGACUUCGAGAGUUCCGAGAUGAGAGGGCCAACUGUUAAGAUAUUUUAGGCCAACUGUUGGCCUGAACAAACACGAUGCAGGAGUUUGUCCUGUAAAAUCCUGAGCUUAUAAUGGAAGCUCCUGAGUUCUCGCCCAUACAUCCUGCCUGUCAACAAGUAUGAUCAUCCAAGUAAGAAUACUCCACAACACCUGAUAUGCCCCUCACAAUGAACCUAUAACGCUUGGUUAAAGUGCACCACUAGGACGACUAGAUUAUGCUUUGAGUUGGGACAUGAUUGGACUCUUUCUCUACUCUUUAAGCGUUCACUUCUUGGAAGUAUACUAGUCCGGCUAAGUAUUACAAUCAAAAGCCUAAAUCUCUAACUUUAAGGUCUAGAUGUAUGUACCACAGACUUAGUUACAGUUGGACUCUCUCUCUACUCUUUAAGCCUUCACUUCUUGCAAGUAGACUCGUCUGUCCCUCUAAGUACUACAAUCAAAAGCCUAAAACUCUAAGUUUCAAGUCUAGGUGUAUGUACCACUACUUAGUUACAGUUAUGAAUGAAAGAAGUAUGAACCAUCAUAUGUACACUAUGACAAG